GAGGGAGGCAGUAACAAGUGACAAAUAAAAUAAAAAAGGAAUUUCUGUACUCUCUCGGUCUCCCAUCUCAAUCUUCUCAAACUCACACGCCAAACGCCACUUCUCAGUCGCCGGCUCCUCUAGUGGUUCUAUCCCCCGCGGAGGAUCCUUUGCAUUGAAUGGAGCUGACACCUAAAGGGCAGGGGAAGAUUAAUAAGAGAACAAGGCGUUGUUGGACAACUAGGGAAGAACAAGUGUUGAUUGCUGCACUGAAAGAUAUUGUAUCAAAAGGCUGGAAAUGUGACAAUGGAUUCAGAGCAGGAUAUCUAAAGGUACUCACAGGCUCCAUGAAGAAAGUUUUUCCGGGUACAGAUAUUAGAGCUGAGCCUCACAUAAAUUCCAAGCUUCAUGUGUGGAAAACACAUUAUGCUUCCCUGGCGUCCAUGCUUAAUGUAAGUGGUAUCACUUGGAACGACUCAACCAAAAUGAUCGAUGCUCAGGAUGAUGCGUGGAAUUCGUAUGUGAAGACAGAUAGCCAUGCUCUCACGAUGAGGUACAAGUCCUGGCAAUUUUACCCGGAUUGGUGUCAAAUAUUUGGCAAGGGCAGUGUAAUCAUGGAAGAUACUGAUCAUAUUGCUGAUGUAGUUCUAGAACUGGAAGCAGAUAAAGCAAAGGAGAAAGAAGCCGUAGCAAAAUUUGGCUGCGUCUUUGAGGGAGAUGAGGAUGAAAAUGAAAUGUCUGUCUGUCAACCUCAAAGUGAUGGGACCGGGACGAAGCAAGCUCCAAACAAGAGGAAGAUGUCGGCGUGCAGCUCAGAUCCUUCUGCUGCUGCUGUCAAUGUUUCCCCUAACAAACAAGAUGCAAGGUUCGAAGGCGUUAUUGCCAGAAGAAGUGUAGGCUUUGAGUAUGAUGGUGUCACAAAUGCUAGGAGAGGACUGUAUGGUGAGCUCGGGAGGAUCCCCGGGCUACAGGUGCGCGAAAAGUUGACUGUGGCAAAGUUUCUUGUGAACAAAACCGGAGAUUUGGAGCUCUUCUUCAGUCUUCCGGAUGAGGCGAAGGUUGAGAUGGUUAACAUGAUUUUAGCUGGAGAGUACUGAUUUAUUGUUUAUGCCAGUAAUUGCGAUGUUUUGUAGGUAUGGAUGAAGAAGAUCUAAUCUUAUUUUGCAGUGUGUAUACUUUUGGCAGAUAUGUAUGCUAUCUAUUAUCGGCUUGGUUACUUUACACCUAAGUCGUAAAUUGAUAGACAAUAUGCCGAUAUAUUCAGUGGUAUAUAAUGUUCUUGAUGAA